AUUGCUUUUACGCGGUUUUUGGACUACGCACGUAUCUUAUCUUGCCGAUCGCAACUGUACUCCUUUGGCACGAUCUCGGUAUUCUUUCGAUACCACGAGAUCGCCAACAAAUAUAUACGACUACUACAAUCAUCUGCCUUCUGAUAUUUUGGCCUUUCGGAAUCUUAUUGGUUAAUUGGCGAGUAGUCUGGUAGCGGUGUUCAUAGUUCAGCUCAACUCGACACCACGCUACAUUUGGUGACCCAAAUUUUGGAACACGCCUCAACUUCGGACAAAUCUUCUGCAACUGGUGAACCUACAUCUACGACCACUUGGCAAUCGCAACCAAACCUUCCAAAGAAGUCAAUUUUGGUGAGUCUAUCGCUUAUCUAUCCACGUCUGUCAUAUAUUUUCAUAUUAAUUUUUAAUAUAUAUAUUUGACAUGACGGAUAACGAUAAGAAUAAUAUUAACGUAAUAGACUCUGACGUACAGGUUAUACACUUUCGACCUGUAUCUUUUAUUCCUCACGAUCCCGAAGUUUGGUUUGCUGCUAUAGAGUCUCAAUUUGAGACCCGUCAUAUUACAAGCCAACGGCAGAAGUACACUUACGCUCUCGAAUGUUUACCGGGAGACCAUUUAGUAGCUGUCCGUGAGGUUGUCCUCAAUUCCAAUGUGCCCAAUGUUUACGAUCGUCUCAAGGAGGCGGUCCUCAGACAUUUCCUUCCAUCGAGGGAGGAACGAUUGAGGACGUUAUUAGCACGUCACCCCCUGGGUGAUGCUAAACCGAGCCACCACCUCACGCGCCUGCAAUCUCUUGCAGGACCCACGGCAGCCGAUUCUGAAAUCGUUAAAGAACUGUGGCUCGAAUCUCUACUAGCAUUUAUCCAACCUACAGUUACGGCCCUGCUCGAGGACGCACCACUGAAUCAGGUAGCCCUCACAGCAGACAAAAUUUUAGCUAGGACUGGCAAUCGAGACAGCUACGUAGUUGCCUCAACGUCUCGUCCGAAAGUCGAUAUCGACGGCAACCACUCCUCGGCUCAAGGUGACAGGGAAGGGUGUAUUCACACACGUCUUAGUUUUCGAGACCGUUGUAACGUACCCCAACCCUACGUCCCUCGAGUCCGCUCACGCUCUCGAAAAGCCGUCAACACUCGCCCAACGAGGGCAUCUUCCAAGCCACGCCAAAAGGCGGCUUCGGAAGCGAGUGCAGGUUGGUGCUGGUUUCAUCGAUCCUUCGGAUCUGUUGCCCGCCGUUGUCGAGCCCCGUGCUCAUACUAGACGGGAAACUCCAAAGCCGGCGAGUAAAAGCGGCCGUACUUGCCGGCCGUGCUCCCAGGGUCGACCGUUUAUUUUACGUGCACGAUUAUCGCACAAACGCUAGGUACCUAGUGGAUACAGGUGCCCAAGUUUCUGUCGUACCACGAGGUAUCAUCAAGUCACAAGCUACAAUGCUUCGACUACGCGCUGCAAAUGGCUCAGCCAUUCCUACCUACGGUACACGACAACUCGCGGUCAACCUGGGCAACCGACGACGGUAUCUGUGGACGUUCAUCAUUGCUGAUGUUCCCACAGCCAUACUAGGUAUUGAUUUCCUACAGCACUAUGAAUUGCUAGUCGAUUCACGUAGGCUGCAGCUAAUCGAUACUUCGUCGAACAGCAAAUUCAUGGGCUUUAAAGCUCACACAAACGCGUACCGAAUCCUCGGAACUUUUUAUUCGCGUGACGAUAAAUUCCACGCCUUAUUCGAGAAAUUCCCCAGAUUAACUAAACCAUUCGAGGAGAUUUCAUCGGUGACCAAUCGUGUGGUACACCACAUAGUCACCCGCGGACCACCAGUCACGGCAAGACCACGCCGACUGGCACCGGAAAAAUUAGCCUUCGCUAAACGUGAGUUUGACAAUUUACUAUCUUCUGGUAUUAUUCGUCCUUCUCACAGUCCUUGGGCCUCUCCUUUACACAUGGUGCGCAAAAAGGAUGGGGUUAGUUGGAGACCUUGCGGCGACUACCGAGCAUUAAACAUAGUUACGCGCUUUGAUAGCUACCCCAUCCCCCACAUACACGACAUCACGGCAUCGCUCAAGGGCACGACUAUCUUUUCUAAAAUCGAUCUGGUACGAGCAUAUCACCAGAUCCCAGUCGCUCUUGAAGACAUCGAGAAAACUGCUAUCACGACUCCUUUCGGUCUGUUUGAGUUCCUACGAAUGCCAUUUGGAUUACGGAAUGCUGCUCAAACUUUCCAAAGGUUUAUCGAUAGCAUAGUACGAGACUUGGAUUUUGUUCACGUCUAUAUUGAUGACCUGCUGAUCGCAUCAUCAAACGUAGAUGAACAUUAUCAACACCUUACGCUAUUAUUCCAACGUCUUUCGGAUAAUGGAAUAGUAGUAAACCCAGAGAAAUGUGAGUUGGGUAAAUCAGAAAUAAUAUUUCUGGGUCACAUCAUCAGACAAGAGGGUAUUCUGCCUUGCGAGGACAAAAUUCGAGCAAUCAAGGAGUACAACGUGCCGUCCUCACUCAAGGAACUGAAGGCUUUUCUCGGUUUGGUUAACUUCUACCGACGUUUCAUCCCUCACGCGGCAGAACGGUUACGACCAUUAACCGAUUUACUACGCGGUAAUCCACGCAAAUUAGAAUUGAACGAUACCGCACGUACUGCAUUCUCAGAGAUCAAAACGGCUCUCGCUGAAGUUACACUUCUCGCUCAUCCUGACCCAUCAGCCACGCUUAGUAUAGCGGUUGAUGCAUCAGAUUUCGCUAUAGGAGCCGUUAUGCAACAGAAUAUCUCCGGUAGUUGGCAACCCCUUGAAUUUUUCUCACGACGCCUUACUCCCACGGAGACGAGAUAUAGCGCUUUUGGUCGCGAGCUGCUUGCAGCCUACCGCGCCAUCAAACAUUUCCGGCACGCAGUAGAAGGACGUCAAUUCAUCUUAUUCACCGACCAUAAGCCCUUAACGUAUGCCCUGCAUAUCAAGUCUGACCGCUACUCACCACGAGAGUGCAGACAUUUGGACUAUAUCUCACAGUUCACGACAGACCUUCGUCACAUUAAAGGCGAGUCGAACUAUGUUGCCGAUGCUCUUUCACGUAUCCAGACGAAUGCAGUUACUUUACCGGUGCUCGAUCUUCCUGCUAUGGCCGCCGCGCAAGCAAACGAUCCUGUCUGUACAGAAGCACCACAAUCUUCGUCCCUUCAGUGUCAGGAAGUACCCCUAGCUACUAGCUCAGGUACUAUCCUAUGUGAUAUUUCUACCGGUCUUCCUCGACCCAUCGUACCCUCUACAUAUCGCCGUCUCGUCUUCGAUGCCCUUCAUGGAUUGUCUCAUCCAGGUAUCGCAGCCACAUUACGUCUCAUCGCUGCACGAUACGUCUGGCCGUCCAUGAAUAAAGAUGUUCGUAUGUGGGUAAAGCAAUGCUUACAGUGUCAACGAUCAAAAGUGCACAGGCACGUAGCUGCCCCCAUUGGCACGUUCGCUACGCCUGAUGCCCGAAGCUAUUCCCAUCACGUCUAUCACGGCGGAGACAGUUGCUCACCGCUUCGUAGAACGAUGGAUAGCAUUGUACGGUUGUCCCUCGACUGUCACGACCGACCGAGGACAACAAUUUGAGUCCGCAUUAUUCUCCUCACUGACCCGGCUGCUUGGUACGGAACGCAUACGCACCACCGCCUACCAUCCAGCAUCGAAUGGUUUAGUCGAAAGGUUUCACCGCCAACUUAAAAGUGCUCUCCGAGCACACGAAAACGACAAUUGGUACGAAACCUUACCGCUCGUUCUCUUAGGCAUCAGAACGAGUUUGAAGGCAGAUAUCCAAUGUUCCGCCGCUGAACUUGUAUACGGCACGACAUUGCGUCUGCCUGGGGAAUUCUUCACACCACGGAGCAGUAAUGAUUUCGGUAAAUCAGACUACGUCCAUCGACUGUCUGCAUUUAUGCGAACGCUGUCUCCGGUGUCAACUCGAAUACAACAUCGACAGGUCGCUCUCCCUCGAGAGUUAUCUACCUGUUCACAUGUUUUCAUACGAGUAGAUUCGGUACGCAAACCUUUGCAACAGCCUUACGAAGGCCCUUUACACGUGAUCUCUCGUCACGAAAAGACCUUCAGGGUUGAUCGACACGGCCGCGUCGAGAUCGUCAGCAUUGAUCGUCUCAAACCAGCACACGUCGAUGACAGUGCCCUACCCGAUAACUUGAGACUCAAUGCUAGACCUAUCAAACCUUCUAGCGGGAUCUCUACGUCUACCUCGGAUCCCACGCUAGAUACAUCAGAGACCUCGUUCUCACGUCCCGGUCAACAGCACGCGUCAUCUGCACCAUCUACGGACGAGACUUCCGUCUCACGUCCAGAUCGGCAGACCACGCCGCCCUUGACCUCGGAUGAGAUCUCAGGUUCACGAAGUACGAACGAGACUACCGUCUCACGUUCCGGUCGCCGAGUACGAUUACCCGUACGCUUUCGCGACUAAACGCACAGUCAAUAACGGAUACGGUGUAGGAUUAUUCCUAUACUACACGCAUGCUACACUUUUCUUUUUUUGAUUUUUUUUUGUAUCCUGAGCCCACGCCUCCGACCAUCGCCCGUUCGGUAACGUCGACUUCAGUCAACUUUGGCAAAAGCUGGUUUGGCCACCCACGCUCUAGUCAACGCACUCAGUCGAUUAUCUGGUCUCGAAUCCGCCUGGCAUAUGCUUGGUAGUUAUGGUCGCGUCCGGUUUCUUGGCUCAACGUGGUUUCGUCCUACGUCUGCAGCGUUUUCUGGUCCACAUCCCUACGAACGCAAUCUUCAGAUUCUGGAUACAAACCACUCUGGUGUGGUAUGCUAAUCCGACCAACAAAUACAGCACACUUCUCCUGGUACCGUUCUGCGCAAAAGACCUUCGUUGGCAACUCGAGGAUCAAUGAUCACUUCCUGUUCCGCCAAUUUCCUCCGUCCUACAACCGCAAUUCUGCCGAUCAGUCCCACGACUCAAACCGCUAACUAUCGAAAGUGUAAACCCUUUCUAGCGGGGGGCUCCUGUAGUGACCUACUUUUGUCAACAGAACGCGAUUGGUCCGAUGAAAACAAUUAUUAUUAUAACCAAUUGUACCAGUGACUGUUUUACUGUGCUCGUUUGUUUAACUGUGCUAAUAACAGCCAUUUUGGGCUUCCAUUGUAUUCCAUUGCUUUUACGCGGUUUUUGGACUACGCACGUAUCUUAUCUUGCCGAUCGCAACUGUACUCCUUUGGCACGAUCUCGGUAUUCUUUCGAUACCACGAGAUCGCCAACAAAUAUAUACGACUACUAC